AUGGGCAAUUACGGAUUGUGGGACCAGUUGUUAGCUAUUCGGUGGGUGAAAGAGAAUAUCGAGUGGUUUCGUGGAGACCCCAACCGAAUCACGCUCAUGGGGGAAAGUGCCGGGGCCGCAAGUGUUGGACUACACACUGUGUCGCCGGCAAGUCGUGGCCAAGACCUGUUUCACCAGGUAAUUAUGAUCUCCGGAUCGGACCUAUCCGGUUGGGCUGUCACCGAGCCGGAUCGUGUGCGUAGCCGAUAUUAUGCCAUUGAGCUGGGUCGAGCGCUAGGUUGUCCGUCCGUGCAGGGGGAACAGGUGGCCGCAGCUCAAGCUGCAAUGCGUGGACAAACAUGGGUUCCUCCGCCCCCUUCUGAAGUACGAGAAGGUCAGUUCGGAAACGGGUCUGUCAAACCACGACUGUUCGUGCCCUAUUCAGCGCGUAUUGAUGCACCAGCGUUGAUGCGAUGCCUACGGUAUCAGAAAACAGCAAAAGAGAUUCUGGACUUUUCAUACCCCACUCCUCUUAACGGAGCACCGUACUUCAUCUGGACACCGGUUGUGGAUGGUACAGCUGGAUUUUUGCCCCGAAUCCCAUUGGAAGAACGGAAACAGGGACGUUUUGACCCAGUUCCAAUUUUGGCCGGGGUGACGCACGAUGAAGGCUCACAAGUUUUGAUCACCCAUCUCAGUCCCAAACGAAUUCCACACGUGCAUGCAGCUGAUGGAUGGCAGCCUCAAAUAAUUUUCCACGCUGUGCAUUUCGCACGCAACAUUUGUCGGUCGCUUAUUUCUGACUACGUCAUCAAUUCACCAUUGGAUGCGGUUCUGCGAUUCCAUGCAGCUUUUUCGACCCAAACGUAUUUCUACGAAUUCGCCUACCUAAGUCCAAAUGACUCACGACGGACACCGGAGCGCGGCGUCUAUCACGGAGCCGAACAGCCAUUCUUGUUGGGCUUACCAUUUCUGGACAGUGAAUUUUGGAAGCGUUACUACACGGGUUCGAAUUUUUCCGGGUACGCAAAACGAACCUAUGCCUAUCCGCACGACACAAAUGUGAGCGAAUUUAUGAUGGAAGCCUGGACGAAUUUCGCAAAAUAUGGUAACCCUACUCCAACUCCGAUCAAAAAUGUCACAUGGCCAUCUUUCAAGCAUCCAUGGGAAGCGUAUUUGUUCAUAUCGUUAAACAGUACGCCAAAGUUUCAUUUUCGAUCCGAAAGGAUGGCAUUCUGGCGUGAACGUUUCCUAAAAUUGGCCGAACCGCUUUCGCCUUUUCCUCCGAUCUACUACUUUCCGUUAUUUGACGCCCAACUGGCGACACUUGUUCUCGGUCUGUUACUGUUUCUAAUCCUCGCCCUACUGGUCGUCAUGCUUGUGUUGCUUUGCCGACGUCCACGUCCGGAUCAGUUCCGGCACAGUGUUCGUCUCGCCCCACCGGGUGCUGCACCGGGCUCCGCAUUUCAGACUGCCUUCGCCGAUGCAUUUACCACACACAGCGCAGCCUCGCCCUUAUGCCCAUCAGUAGCUAGAUCCGGUUCGCAUCCUCGUCCAAUGGAACGUGGAGAUUUUUUGAUCAAUCAACAGACGUACGAAAGUGAAAGUUGUGAUGUUGUUGGUGUUCCCCUGCCGGGUGUAACCGGUGUCAAGUCCACGCGACGCGUUCAUCCGCCCCCACCACCACCCCCAACUUUAACGGGAUCAUACAGCGGACGAAUCAACCAAAGACGAGGGUCGCGCAGUACGAUCGAUCCAGAACAUUACAGUCUAGAAUCACUUCGUGUGUUUGGCCAAUCGGUGGACAUAUAA